UGCCAUUCUGGCAGCGUAACAUCUGUGCGUACGCGGUCGUGAUUGUUGUGAAGAUGGCGGAGGGGGAGACGGAGAAGGAAUAUGACACACGGGAAGCCAUCGACGAGCUCCGCGGCCGCUUCCACGGCUUGACCACGGCCCUGCGGGAGAGCGCGCAGUCCCCGCUGGAAGCCUCGCUGCAUUUCUGCCAGGACUUUUGCCAGGUCCUGGUGGAACAUGCCGGCCGUUGGAAAACUGAUGAGGAUCCGCUGCCUUUGUUGGAGGUCUACACAUUGGCCGUCCUCAGCUUUGCCAAAGCCGCCUCCUGUCUCUCCGCCGAAUGUGAAAAUGUGCCACUUCUACUUGAAAAGUUAGCAUUGAGCUGUGCGGAGCUAGUGCUCCUACUGCCCGAGAACAUCCCUGGUGCCUUAUGGGAGGAGUUUCAGUCCUCCAUGAAGUUGGCACACAGUCUUUUGCAAGAAAGUGGAAGUGCACAGCUUCACCCGCUCUUCGCUCUGGCACAGCAAGAUGGCGUCUGGUCCAACAUCACACUCAGCAGCAUCUUGUCCAACACCAUCCCUCAAACUGAGCAAGUUCACGAGUAUCUGGAGUUGGAAGGUCCCAAUCUCCUCAGCAUGCGUGUAAAGCACCUUAUCAAAAUAGACAGUGUUGAUAAAGCUGCCACUCUUGCGAAGAUGUGCUCGGAGUACCCAGGAUAUGAAGGAAAAGGGAACUUCAAGCAAACUUAUCUGCUCUGCGUUUGCAUGACCAAAAGUCAGGAGCAGCUCAUGGAAGAGAUAUCACCAAUAGACUGCAAGGAUGCUCUUGAAAUGAUCUGUAACUUGGAGUCGGAAGGAGAUGAAAAAGGCGCGCUCUGCCUAUGCUCUGCCUUUCUUAAGCGACAGCUUCUCCAGGGAGAAGUUUACUGUGCCUGGGAACUGACACUUUUCUGGAGUAAGCUACUCAUGCGUUUAGAGACGUCGCCGGACACCUUCCUCAGCCACAGCAAAGAGCUGGCUCUUCUCUGCAGGAGUGUCUGUCACAUUCUUUUUCUUAUCAAAGUCAUCCAGAACGAGGUUGGAGAGGUGGGGCUUCCAGUUUGCGUGGAAAUGUGCAUCCAAGCUCUGAAGAUGACUUCAAGUGACCAUAAGGAUAGCAAGUCUACCAUCUGCAAAACUAUUUCUUGCAUCUUGCCGACUGAUCUUGAAGUGAAGCGUGCAUGUCAGCUUACUGAAUUCCUCCUCCAGCCUACUGUUGACUCCUAUUAUGCCGUUGAGUCGCUUUACAACGAACCGGAUCAAAAACCUGAAGAAGACGGGAGUCUACCGGUGCCCAAUUCUUUACGCUGUGAGUUGCUGCUGGCCUUGAAGACACAGUGGCCUUUUGAUCCAGAGUUCUGGGACUGGAAAACACUAAAAUGCAAUUGCUUGUCACUGAUGGGAGAGGAAGCAGCUAUCGUAUCGUCUAUCGACACGCUCAAUGACACUGAUGAACAAGAAAUGGAAAGCACACUUGGAAAACUCCCGGAGUACAAAGAUCUGGAGGACUUUUUGUUAAACACUACGAAUGAACUCAGUGAAAUCACUGAUGAAAAAGAAAAAAACAGAGAGACAAAAAAACUCCGGGAGCAGGGAUUCGUGUCGGCCCGGUUCCGAAACUGGCAAGCCUACAUGCAGUAUUGUGUUCUGUGUGACAAGGAGUUCUUGGGUCACAGGAUAGUAAAACAUGCUCAGAAGCAUUUUAAAGAUGGAGUGUAUCUAUGUCCUAUUUGUGCAAAUGGUUUUGAAACUAGGGAAGUUUUAGAGCCGCAUGUAGCGUUGCAUGUCAAGGAGUCUUGUAAAGAGCGUCUAGCCGCCAUGAAAACUGUUAGAAAGGGAAUCAAACCAUUUCAUUCCCCUAAAAGUCCUUCAAAAAGUAUAGGAGUGGAUUCUGUCAAUAUUAACCCUCAAAUUGGCCUCCAAUCCGCAAAGGUGGAACAAACAACGUCUGAAGCGCAAAUCAAUCCAGACUGCUUUUGUCCUGUAAAAAAUUGUUCCAAGGCUUUCAAGGUUUUCCGCAACCUCAUGGCUCAUGUCCGGUCGCACAAAAACGACGACGAGGCCAUGAGGUUUUUACAAAUACAAAAACAGAAAGUGGUGUGCCAAUAUUGUCGGCGGCAGUUCGUUAACGUCCGGCAUCUCAACGAUCAUUUGCAGAUGCACUGUGGGAGUAAACCGUACAUUUGCAUACAACUGGAUUGCAAGGCUAAUUUUAAUUCCAAUUCUGAGCUUCUCAUGCAUAGGAAAACACAUAAAGACUUUAAGGCCAAGUGCAUGUUUCCAAAUUGUGGUCAGAUUUUCAACGAGGCCUACCUUUUGUACGACCAUGAGGCUCAGCAUUACCUUACGUACACAUGCCAGACAGAUAACUGCGGUAAAAUAUUCUACUCACAGACUGAGUUCGUAGCUCACCAACAGAUUCACAAUACACCUAAUGCUAUGGUCAUAAAUAAAAGUUCUCAUGUCAUUCCAAAUGUUGAGCCACUACAGGAGAGUGUGCUGUGUAUGGUAGACACACAUCCUGCAGUUGUUUGCCUUGACACCAAUAACUCAGAUGCUCCUAUGAGUGAAGCAUCAAUGGCAAACAUAUCCUCAUGCAGUUCCCCUGACGGUGUUGGAGAGCUCAUUCCUGUUAGAGUGAAACAUUCUAUUGAAAACAUGCUCAAUUCUGUGGCACAUAUUGAAUUGCGAGACCCACAGAAAUGCUACACUCCACUGACAAACCCUAGUUUAGCACCAGCUGCACCGGUGCUUCCACAUGCACACCACGCUAUGGCGAAACAAGCCAAAAUUCCCCCAGUUUAUCCCGAACCCUUGGAAAUACAUCUUGUGGCAAGUCAACAGGGAGGAGGGCAAACUAGCCAAGCUAACAACUGUCAGAAAGUGAUACCACUAAUGAUUGCACCUUCCCAAAUUAAGACAGAAAUCCCUGCGCAAGGAUAUCCCCAAACAAUGCCGGAUGUUUCUAAUAAUGACGACAACCUCCACUCCUGCCCACAUAGUGAGUGCACAAGGGCUUACAGUACAAACAAAAGCUUGUCAAGGCACGUGAAGAAGCAACACCCUGAAAUCUUUGAUGAUUGGAAAUUGGCCAAGAAGUACAACAAAGUGACCAACAUUACAGCAAGAAAGGGUAGAGUAGCUUUGACCAGACCGCUUCCCAAGGAAAACAAACCGACACAUCAGCCAGGACAACUAUGCAACAAAUCGGAGAUUGAGCAAAUCAAUUACCCAAUAGGACGUUCAACCUCACCCGCCCAGUGUUAUCCCAGCUCAAUGGACCCUGUUCCCAUCACUCCAAUGGUGAACCCCACACUGUACCCAUCUUGGAGCGGAUCCACCAAUACUAGUGAACUCAUGCAGCCCGACAUGUCACAGUCGUGGUCUGCACCUCCAGUGAACAGCACCUAUCCAGAGUCCUUCAACAUGAACGAGUACCCCUCUCGUAGCUAUCCACAGUGGCAGCCAGAUCCUUAUCACGGCACACAACCACCUCACCCAGCUGAAAGAGAGCAAUCAAUGGUAGCUUUACACGGAUCCACUAGGUCUCCUUCGGAUUCAAGUCUGAUGUCCCAGUACUUGUCUAGCUCGUUGAUGCUUGACAAUGGAGGGCAAAUGCACAACGGAGGGCAUCAAUUUGGACUAAUGCCUCCUGAGGGCAGUGGAGUUUCUAUGGAUAUGAGGAAAAACAGUCAAUCAAACCUGUCAGUACAGGUGGAUAAUGGGAACAGCAUGUCAACAAUUCAUAGUCUACCCGAAGGAAGCUACCACACUCCAUAUGCUCAGAGUGAAAACUCAACCUCUCAAAGUUCACCGGUUAAUAUCCCUGUAAAAUGUUCGAGCCCAGAAGCCCAGGCGAUAUCAAAACCAGCAACAGAAAUAAUUAAAACUGAAAACAUAGCUGCCCCUGCUUAUGAACAGAUGGACAACGCAGUGGACGGCAUGCUAAGCCCACACAGUGUCCCCCAGACGGACUUUAAUUUUGAAGGAGACUGCACUAACGCAGAAUGCGAAGUUGCUGACGAUAAAGAUGAUGGUGAAGCGCUAAAAGGAAAACGCGGCAAGCUGAGCAAGCGUACCAAAUGGCCGGCCAUCAUUAAGGACGGUAAGGUCAUCUGUAGAAGAUGCUUCAGAGAGUUUUCUAGCACAAAGUCCUUAGGAGGUCAUCUGUCCAAGCGCUCGCAAUGCAGGCCGGUAGACGAAAUCGACCUGACUGCUGAUCUGCCGACAUCAUUUCUUGAUUUUCUAAAUGACCCCCUUGUCCCGGAAGCUAAUGGAGCCAUGUUCAACAUGUCCAAUGGCGAUUUCGUACAGGAACCUUGUAGCUUGAACGCUCUUAGCUCAUCCAUUGUACUGAAACAAGAACCUCAAAACACAAACAUAACUGACUAUUCCAAUAUAUCUGCUGCUGCCCCUGAAAACCAGCAAGAGAAAGCAGCGGGGCUUGCUAACACUGCCGUCGCUGCUCCUCAUCAAGAGGAUCACUUGAUGGAAAUAUCCAAUGCCUUUCAAAGGUUGGAUUUGAUUGAAGCCGCCCAGGAGAAAAUGCGGAGUAGUUUGUCCCAAGCGCUAAAUCCCCCACGUUGUGAUACGAUCUCAGACGUAAAAAAAAGCAAACCCACAACAAGCAAAAAAGAAGAAAAGGUUUUGCCAAAGGUAUCUAAACCUUUUAAGUGUGACCAGGCUAAAUGCGACUUUUCAUUCAUGACAAAAGAGGCGCUAUUCAAACAUUUAUGUAAAAUGCACAAUUAUUCUAACAUUAUGAUCGAAGAACUGAAAAGAACUCCAUCUAAACUGUCUCCGUACACUUGUCAAUUUUGCUCCAAAACAUUCACAAGAACGACUGGUUUGAGAAUUCACUACGAGAAAGUCCACCGAUUGUCAAAGGCCGAAGUACAGAAGCUUAAGAUGAGCGCUAAAAAAAAGGGAACAUUGCGACCGAAUGACGUUUCGUCUUCUAGCAAGUCGACAGCUAAAGCGAGUUGUGUUACGAAUUUCCCAGUUUGCUUCAAGUCAAUUAAACAAGAGCCCUUGGACAUUGCAAUCGUACCUCAAAUUGACACAAACAAUCCAGAAACUCCUCAGAUGGCGUCUCGGGGAAAUCCUGUAAACAAGGGCUUUCCCCGAACCAAUACGACUGUCACCUGUUUACCCGCUGCUGAAAGCUAUUUAAACAUUUUAACCAAUGACAAGUCAUCAGUUGACCGUAUGGAGGCAGUUCCUGAAAGUUCCCGAGAGCAACUGGUUGAUGCUACAUGUCCGGAUGGCACACAGCAGUUAAGUUUACCAGGGAAAGGAGAGCAGCCCCCAGGUGGCAAAAUAAAAGCACCGAAGUUCAACCCCCCUGUCUGCUCAGCUUCAUAUUCCCCAGAAAAACCAAGCAGCUCCAAAACUGCACCCAUUCAAGAUGAAACCCAGAAAAAGCUUAAAAAAAGACUGGGCCUUAAAAUGUGUGACUCCGACAACGCCUUCAAUCCGUAUAGACCGUACCGCUGUGUUCAUGAAGGAUGCACUGCUGCUUUUACCAUCCAGCACAAUUUAAUCCUCCAUUACCGAGCCAUGCAUCAGUCGUCCCUGCCCCCGAGCAAAGCUGAGAGAAGCACAGAGAGUAUGAGCAUUCCAAACGGUCAGGAGAGCUACGAGAACAUGGAUGAUCACGAAAUAAGGUGUCAAGUGAAGAACUGCUCGCGGGUGUUCAUGGGAAUCACAAGGUUAGUGCAGCAUUACCUCUUACUGCACAAAUUCAGCCGGGACAAAGCCACCUCCAUGAUGGCCAGCAUGCCCAUCGGGACUUUCAACUGCGACCGACCAGAGUGUGCACUCCCCUUCAGCUCUGUGGACAUGUACAUUGAGCACAUAAGGAGCUUGCACAAAGAAAUUGCCGUCUCUGAGAGAGGCUCGGCGGAUAUCACGUGCAGGUGUACGCACGAGGGCUGCAAUCGCUUUUACUCCACAAAAUCCAAUCUUCUUCGCCACCUGAUAAAGAAGCAUGAUUAUGUUCACAAUCCCAGAGCGACUGACCGAAGAAGGAUUAAAGCAGUAGGGCCGUUUCCAGGAGUUAACAACGGAAAGGAAAACAUGGAGAACAAAUUUAAAAUGAAGAAGAAACUUUUAAAGAAGAAGGAUGGGAAGGCCAUUGAACAUUGGACCAACUUUGGGAAACCUACGCUAAAGACCCACGAGGAAGCUUCAGCCAUGUGCACUAAGAAGUGGUCAUUGCAGUACCCGUGUAUGCUUAUAGGCUGCGAUGCAGUGGAGCGAGCUGAAAAAAGCAUAUUCAAGCAUUAUGUGACCCACGGCCUCACUGAGCGAUAUAUAGAAGACCAGAGGAGCCAGUUCAUUUUCUGUAAAAAGUUCCCUCGAUCCAGAUGCAAAGGUGCCGACAAACAAGAGGGGGUGUCAGGCACGUCGUCUGAGGAGACUGAGCCUGAGGAGGGUGAAAAAUCCACUAACCAAAACGUAAAUUCAGCUGUAGAUGCAGACGCUAACGCAGACGCAAAUGCAGCUGCAGAUGCAAAUGAAGAUGCAGAUGCAGAUGCAGACGCAGAUGUAGCUGCAAAUGCAUUUGUAGCUGAAAAUGCAGAUACAGUUGCAAAUGCAGAUUCAGAUACAGUUGCAAAUGCAAAUGCAGAUGCAGAUACAGUUGCAGAGGCUGUUGAAAUAAUACCCCAGGAGGACACCAAGCUUUCCAACGACGAAAGUGCGGAGUCUCAAAUAUCCACUGUGACAGAAAGCGUAGUUAAAAGAGGGCGUCCCAGAAAACCUGCCAUUCCAACACCAGCUUGUCCUCAGAGAAUGCAAACCCUUAGGAAUCGUACGACUGUUAGCAGCUCAACAGAGAACUCAAAUCCUGGUACCCCAGUAGCCACAGAACAACGAGAUGAAGCCGCGAUGCAAGGGUCUUUUAAACCUCUGGGACUCGAGGACUCUUUCCUUAAGUUCUUGGAAACCUCAGAGUCGACACACACUUCCAAGCGCAAAUCGAGCGACACACCUGCUGACGAGCUGCCGUCCAAGAGACGACAAACUCUCAAACUGAGGUCAGCAGUGAGAACAAGAACAGGUUGUGCAAAACUGGUAAACUUUAGAAAUCCACAUAAUCUCAAAUCGGUGAGCAAUGUGAAGAUUGUCAUGGAUAGUAGAAUGCUUUCACGCGGUGCUGAUCGUUUGCUCAAGCAGCUACAAGACAUGAAGCCCAUGGUCAUAAUAAAAAGGUGGCUUUACAGUGGUUCAUAGCCCCAUAUUUUAUUUUCAACUCCGUCUCACUCAGGAUUUGAGAAGUAUGCUGCAGAACGGUUUGACAAUGCAUCAGAGUUCCAACCGUUAACAGUCCUGGUCACAGUUAACUAAGAAAUGGCCUAUUUUAUACACCAUAAAAUGUCUUGGAUGAUUUUAAAUAUGUAUGUUAGUCCUAAUAACCAGGUAAUCUAUAGGGCAUAGAGUUUAGAUUCAUGUUUGUAUUUAUGCUUAGUACUGAGGAUGUUUUUUCUUUCUUUUGCUAAAUGGAUACUUUUAAAGAAAAAUGUUUUUUAUACAUCCCUAUGGGAUUUAAAGUUUUGUUUGUAUUUAUUUCAUCCUUUUUCAACACUAGUAGACCUAUCUGUAAUAUUUACAUGUCUUCCACAAAGUGUUCAAUAAAAUGUUACUGUUUCUUUUGUAAAAAAAAAAAAAAAUAGCGUCUGCAUACUUAAUGGUGUUACAAAUGCUCUUUUUGUGGCAAUUUAUUCACUUUGCAUAUUGGUUGCACUGACAGUUUUAUUGUGCAGCAUCAUGCCAUGAGAAUUACUACUACUUUUACUCUUACUGUUCAAGAUUUUUAGGGACUAUCAUGGCCUGUUUAGCCAAUUGAAGAAAAAAAAGAUGAGAAAAACAAAUUGCAACGUGUUGGAGAGGUGCUACAUGCUUUUUGACUACUGUCGAGGUGCUUUUGAGUGUCCAUCGAUUUUCCUUGGAGUUAUUGAUAUGUAUUUGAAUUAUUAUCAAUAUAAGGUCCACAAUAAUUGUAAUUGAUAUUUAUAUUUUUUAACAUGAUAUCAAUUAUAUGAAUACAUGUAUGCCAUUGUA